CACGGCCAGCCGUAGGAGCGCAUCGGGUUGUGUGUGUUGUGGUUAUAUUUUAUACCCCGUUUACCAAAACGGAAAAUAGAACUACAGACAGUUUGGGCUGUUUCACAUUUGUUUUAAACCAGCAUUUUGAUUGGCGUUCCGUUUGGCUCAUGCGAUUGAAGGGGCUCGAGGGCUCGUGCCUUUCCCCCUCAAGGUUCCAGAGAGGCGCGUGGAAAAGCCCUGUGCAGAGAAAGAAGGGGGAUCAUAGCGUAUGUAUGUAGCCUAAAUGCAUACAUGCCGGGGUCUUCGACUGUGUGGUUUUAAAAACGGAGACGGGUGUGUUUAUUUUGUCGGCAAACGGCAAUGAGUGGCAAUGAGAUCGGGUUGCUGGUGAGCCAGUGCUUUGAUGAAUAAUUUACGGUCUUGUGGUCCGAAAGGGAGCGAACCACAGCCACUGCCGUUUGUAAACCUCUGACGACGUCGGAGAGUGCCCGGAUGGUGGACUAGAGAGAGCCGACAAAACGGGUCUGAAACGGGACGAGGUACUUUGACAUUGUCGGUAAAUUCAUUGGGGGCGGUGAGAAGGGGUGAUGGUGUGUCGGAGGAGGAGAGAAGGAGCUUUGGGCACCUUGCGGAGGAUCAUAUACAAACUCUGUUUUCGGAUUAUUCUCAAACCCCGCCACUUCUAAACCACAACAAACAAAUCAAAACUAAUCUCAGUUAACUCUAAAUUAAUAUUUUCGACAUGCGCUCAUUAAAAUAGUCCAUCCAAGAAACAUUAGAAUAGGUGUAUGUAAAGUUGACUAUCAUUGUAAUGAAUAGUGAGUAGUCAGUAGUUCAAAAGCUUCAUCCAAGUGUAGCUAUUGAAUCGUUGUGAACUGAAAUGAAUAUUGCACAUUUGAUUUUCUAUAGGAGAAUCUUUAAAAAUCAUGCAAUACAGAAUUUUAAAAGGGCGUUUCUCUCGGCCUGCAUCUGCAUAUCUGGCGUCAGUUGAGGGUUAUGUUUAGGAGAGAACACUUCCAGGUCUUUCCUAUGUGGACCAUUUGGACAAAUAUUUACUUUAAAAAAAACAUCUACCUCAAAGCUCUGCCUGUUUUCCACAGAACAGGACUGGAGAAACGAACAAACGUUUACUAACUGAAUGCCUCAGUCUCACUAAUACCUCGUAGGUUCUUUUAUAAAGCGUAGCCUUGUUUAAAACGCCUCCGAUGGCUUCGUUCUCCGACUCCGACCUGCAGACCUGUCUUCUCUGCAAGGAGCUCUGUGGCUCCUCCUCCACUCCCAUCUCUUGUAACUCCUCCACUUCCUCUUCCUCCUCUCACUCGUCCUCCUCCUCCUCCCGGCGCCUCCAUGUCCUCCCCUGCCUGCACACCUUCUGCAGACAGUGUCUGGAGGGGCAGCGCAGUCAUGGGGACCCUCUCAAACUCAGCUGCCCCACCUGCAACCAGAAGGUCUCCGUCUCCGAUGCCGCAGUGGACCCUCUCCCUUCCUCCAACUUCCUCUUGGGUAACCUUCUGGACGCGGAGCAGCUCCAACUGGGCCAAAAUAAGAACGGUCACCGGGGGGUCGGUGGGUGCUCCGUACCCAGGUUCCCCCUCGCCCACAGCGUGCUCCACCCGAACCGUCUGGGAGAGCCCCAGUGCAGCUCCUGUGGCGAGGGGAACCCGGCCAGCUUCCACUGCCUGGACUGCCAGGAGUACCUUUGUGAUAACUGCGUCCGAGCCCAUCAGAGGGUCCGGUUGACCAAGGACCACUUCAUGGAGAGCCUGCAGCAUGCAAGCCGAGGCUUGGCCAGCCCCAUCGCAGGUAGAGGCAGAGGUGUAGGGUUGUCCCUGACCCAGCCCUUCCAGUCCAACUCCUCCCUGCUGCCUUUGUUCCAGGAUAGGAUGAGCUUCUGUCAGCACCAUGACAACAAGGUGUUUCUGUUUUUCUGUGAGACGUGCUCUGUGCCUAUCUGUAGGGAGUGUAGUGUGGGCAGACACAUGGGCCACAGCUUGGUCUAUCUACAGGACGCUGUCCAGGACUCCAGAGACAUCAUCAUCCAGCUACUGGCCGACGCACAGCAAGGAAGACAGGCUGUACAGUUGAGUAUGGAGAAGAUCCAGGCCAUAGCAGAGCAGGUAGACAUCAAGGCCAAGGUGGUACAGACAGAGGUGAAGAACGUGGUCCUCAGACACCUGAAAGCCUUGGAGGACAGAGAGAGUCAGCUACUCUGGAAGGUUGAGAAGAUCCAGCAGCUGAAAGCCAAGUCCCUGUACCUGCAGGUAGAGAAGCUGCAUCAGAACCUGACCAAGCUGGACAGCACCAUCACAGCAGUCACUCAGGUGCUGGAUGAGGGUUGUCACCUGGACGUGCUGCUGGCCAGAGAGCGCAUGCUGACCCAGAUCCAGGAGUUGAAGUCUCUCAGAGGCCUGCUGCAGCCACAGGAGGACGAUCGUUUAAUGUUCACCCCUCCAGACCAGGCCCUGUACAUCGCCAUCCAGUCCAUGGGGUUGAUCAGUAGCGGAGCGUUCGCUCCUGUCACCAAAGCUCACGGCGAGGGCCUAAAGACCGCACUCCGUGGCAAGACCGCCUCCUUCACCGUAAUUGGCUACGACCACGACAGGGAGCCCUGCCUCUCGGGCGGUGACGCAGUGUCAGCGGUGGUGAUGGCAGCGGCGGAUGGUAACCUGUCGGCUGCGGAGGUGUGUGACAACCAGAACGGGUCGUACACGGUCAGCUACUUGCCCAAGACUGAGGGAGAAGAUUUGGUGUCAGUUCUGGUCUGUAACCAGCACAUCAUGGGCAGCCCCUUCAAGGUACUGGUGAGGUCUGGGCGACGCUACGGGGCUCUGGGUUCACCGGUGUCUGCGUUUGGCAGUGAGGGGGAGGGUGACGGUCAGCUGUGUCGUCCCUGGGGCAUCAGUGUGGAUAAAGAGGGAUACGUGGUGGUGGCCGACCGCAGCAACAACCGCGUACAGAUCUUCAAGCCGUGCGGUGCCUUCCACCACAAGUUCGGCUCCCUGGGCUCUCGCCCCGGUCAGUUUGAUCGUCCAGCGGGUGUGGCGUGCGAUAGCCAACAGCAGAUCAUCGUAACGGACAAAGAUAACCACCGUGUGCAGGUGUUCACCUUUGACGGACAGUUUAUGCUGAAGUUCGGAGAGAAGGGCACUAAGAACGGUCAGUUCAACUACCCCUGGGAUGUGGCAGUGAACUCUGCGGGGAAGAUCUUGGUCUCUGACACCAGGAACCACCGCGUCCAGCUCUUUGGCCCCGAUGGCUCGUUCAUCAACAAGUACGGCUUUGAGGGCACCCUGUGGAAACACUUUGACUCGCCGCGUGGUGUCGCCUUUAACCAUGAGGACCACCUGGUCGUCACCGACUUCAACAACCACCGUCUGCUGGUGAUUCGGCCAGAUUGCCAAUCUGCCCGGUUCCUGGGCUCCGAGGGUACCGGCAACGGGAAAUUCCUGCGUCCCCAGGGCAUAGCGGUGGACCAGGAGAACCGGAUCAUCGUUGCCGACUCGAGGAACCACCGUGUGCAGGUGUUCGAGCCCAACGGGAACUUCUUAUGCAAAUUUGGCACCCAUGGCAGUGGCUUCGGACAGAUGGACCGCCCCUCCGGUGUCGCUGUGACACCUGACGGAGUCAUCGUGGUCGUCGACUUCGGAAACAACCGCAUCCUCAAGUUCUAAUCAGUUUUCGCUUUCUUUCUCUCACUUGGUUUUCUCUCCGUUUCUCUGUUAGGGAGAGGAAAACAAACAGACACAAAGAGGACAGUUUAAAGAGAGAUAAUCAGAGCAGGUAGAAAUGCGUUAUUACAAAUUAAGGGGAAGUGAAUUUGUUCGUUUUUAAAUUAUUUUUUACUUUUAGGUUUUAGUUUGUGUAAUCAGAUUCCUGUGGUAUACUGUAUGACAAAGGGGACCACUAAGACUAGUUGAUAAUCAGUAGUGAAAGUAACAAGGAAGAGAUCACGAUUUCCCUGUCUUCUAUCUGAAUCUCUCAACUCUCAUCACGUCGCCUUCUCAGGGAUUUUUCUCACUUUUUCUUGAAAUAUUGAAUCCUCUGCUCCGCCACCUACCUCAACCAGUUCUUAAUGAAUGUACUCACCCUCUCCGAGCAGAGGUCUACUCUAAGUCUGUCAAGUUUUACAAAGAAGAAAAUAAAAAAAGUCUACCUCAAUACUUUUUUUAUUUAAAAUGAAAAGCCGUUUUGACCUGACCUGUAGUGGAGUCUAGUUCAGUGAUGUUUAGGGUAGCUUGUUCUGUAGAUCUUGGUUUAGCAUGUCCCCCUCAUCUCUCCAUGUGCAGUGUCACUGCAGACCGACGGAAUAGAGGUAAGAACGGAGGGUUGUAUGUAAUGCCAAACCCGUUAGACUGACUCGGUGUUAGUUAGCUCAGGUCACAGUACCAGAUGGACCAGAAGAAUCUCCUUUUAGCUUGACUGGUUUAUUGAUCGCAGCGGCGCCGGGAGUCUCUGACCUGGGACAGAUGCAGUUUGAUGAUUGGUUGAAAUCAUGAGCUAGUCAUCGUUGUGGGGAGAUUCUCUUUUCUGUCCCACAGUGUCCAAUUAUCAUUUGGACAUUGUUGAUUCCUUUCAGGCGUCAGCAAGCUGGUCUGAUUAUGAAGAGAAAAAUAAUGAAAAUCAAUGUGAAAAAAACAAACAGCAUUUGUGUCUCAAACGGAGGGCCCACAAGUAUUUUACAAGUUUAUCAGGAGUUAUCAGGAUGUAUUAGUUGUUGAUUAGUAGAUUUAUGAUUUAUGAAUUCUGUUUGAGUGACAUUCGUUGCGAAUGAUGCGGAAGGAUAGCAAUGCCUCCAGAAAGCAGGCAUCUUGAUUGGCUGUCCACAGGAUUGAGAGCCAAUCAGAAAUCAGAAUGAUCCCGUGUGGUUGAAUUGUGGGGCACUGAUUGGCUCUUUGGGGGCUAGGAUUUAAUCCAACCCCCUUCUGACAUCACUGCCCCACCCUAGUUAUUGACGCCCAUUCUGAAAUGCCGGAGAGAGAGUGUUCCGGAACAUGUGCAUGCUGACCACACCUCGAAAAGAUGGAGGUCUAGAGACCAGCUAGUGGAGUCAACCAAAGGUAGAAUUUCGGCCAACUGUAUGUUUGGCAUCGAAAGAACAAGUCCCAUUGAAGACAUUUAGUUGUUUUAAUCAUUUAUGUUGGAGGUCUAAAACGCUCACCAACGCUCACCAAAAAGAUCUGUUCAAAGCACUGUCAAUGGGAAGCAGAAGAAUAUAAGGCUUACUUUUAGCUUUUAAAAUGGAAGUACCUUUCAGGCCUACUUCCUGAAGAGAACGUUGUAGAAAGGUCUGAAAAAAACAAACAUAUCUCACAGCAACCAAAGAGUAUCUUUCCAGGCCACUUUCCAUCUCACACCCCUGAGAGGUUCAAUCUAGCUCCACCACCCAUGCUAACGUGACACUGCUUCAUGUCUAGCAACCCUUAUUUAGCAUUAGCAUCUCAAACCAUUUAACCAUUGAGUGCAAACAGAUUCCUGAUUUAUCACCUGUGGUGGACCUUUUUGGAGGGGUUGUAAAUCUCCCUUUCUCUUGUGAAGUUAGCCACUUUAGCGUAGUCAAGCCUAGAGGUAUGGGUGUUUUUAUUAGUUGGUUUCUGACUGAGCUUCUUACCUCAGAGGAAAGUGCAGGCCUGCACUUUUAAAUCCUAAUUUAUGUAAACGUUCACAUCCCAUCGUUUACCUUAACUGUCAGAUACCUCUUUUUUUAUAUAUAUAUAGUUUCUUAUUCCUCACAGUUACUCAUGUGCAAUUCAAUUGUAAUACAGCCUACUUUAACCAGUUACUGGCUACAGUACCUCUAUUCUCAGACCUCAUCAACAUACAAAUGUAAUUUUACAAAUCUACCUCAACACACCUUUUACCUAACUUUAAAUGCCUCAUGUUACAUACUGUGUGUGUGUGUGUGUGUGUUGAAGUUGAAGUUGAAAGUUUACAUACACCUGAGCCAAAAACAUUUAAACUCAGUUUUUCACAAUUAAUCCUAGUAAAAAUUCCCUGUCAACAUGAUGCUGCCACCCUCGUGCUUCACGGUUGGGAUGGUGUUCUUAGGCUUGCAAGACUCCCCCUUUUUCCUCCAAACAUAGCGAAGGUCAUUAUGGCCAAACAGUUCUAUUUUUGUUUCAUCAGACCAGAGGACAUUUCUCCAAAAAGUACGAUCUUUGUCCCCAUGUGCAGUUGCAAACCGUAGUCUGGCUUUUUUAUGGUGGUUUUGGAACAGUGGCUUCUUCCUUGCUGAGCGGCCUUUCAGGUUAUGUCGAUAUAGGACUCGUUUUACUGUGGGUAUAGAUACUUUUGUACCCGUUUCCUCCAGCAUCUUCACAAGGUCCUUUGCUGUUGUUCUGGGAUUGAUUUGCACUUUUCACACCAAAGUACGUUCAUCUCUAGGAGACAGAACACGUCUCCUUCCUGAGCGGUAUGACGGCUGCGUGGUCCCAUGGUGUUUAUACUUGUAUACUGCUGUUUGUACAGAUGAACAUGGUACCUUCAGGCGUUUGGAAAUUGCUCCCAAGGAUGAACUAGACUUGUGGAGGUCUACAAUUUCUAUUCUGAGGUCUUUGCUGAUUUCUUUUGAUUUUCCCAUGAUGUCAAACAGAGGCACUGAGUUUUAAGGUAGGCCUUGAAAUACAUCCACAGGUACACCUCCAAUUUACUUAAAUGUCAAUUAGCCUAUCAGAAGCUUCUAAAGCCAUGACAUCAUUUUCUGGAAUUUUCCAAGCUGUUUAAAGGCACAGUUAACUUAGUGUAUGUAAACUUCUGACCCACUGGAAUUGUGAUACAGUGAAUUAUAAGUGAAAUAAUCUGUCUGUAAACAACAAUUGUUGGAAAAAUGACUUGUGUCAUGCACAAAGUAGAUCUCCUAACAGACUUGCCAAAACUAUAGUUCAAUAACAAGAAAUGUGUGGAGUGGUGGAAAAAUGAGUUUUAAUGACUCCAACCUAAGUGUAUGUAAACUUCAACUGUGUGUAUGUGUGUAUAUGUGUGUGUGUGUGUGUGUGUGUGUGUGUGUGUGUGUAUUCUGACCCACUGUGUGUGUGUCAUAUAUAUAUAUAUAUAUAUAUAUUGGCCUACCUCUUCAAAUAUUUUGACUAGUAACUUCUAAACAUCAAAUCUCUUUAGUGUAUGCUUCAGCUUCCAGACCUUUAAGUUUGUACUGUACCUCUUGUACUUGUACGGUACCUAUAAGUUAGUCUUUAUUUGUAAUUUUUUUUAAACAUACCUUGUUACUUUUACCUCAACUCUUUAAAUCAUGUAACAUUUACCUGUCACCUAUUGGACCAAAUAUCUUAAUCCUGGAGGCUCCUUUUCAUGUAAAGUUACAAAUGGCCAUCUCUCCACAUUGUGUCCAUGAGUGGUCUGUUUAGCAUUGUGGUACAUUAUGCCUUUUAAUCAUAUGCAGAAACCAAAUAGCGAAGAUCAGAGCAUUGUGCCAAAAAAAUAUAUAUUUGUGGGAGUUUGGUGUCAAAAUGGAGUUGGCGUCGGGAUGACACUGUCAUAGACGGUGAAUUUCAUUGGGCCAUUAUAUCAUAGAUAUUAGUGUUUAGCGAAUCAAAGCAGCCAAGGACAGAUCCCUGUGCUUUGAUUGGAUGCACUUAUGUGGGCUGACCCCCCCCCCCUUUUUUGCCUCACCUCAGUAGAGCUGUAACCUGAUUGACCAACAGUGAGAAAGAUGGCGACGUCACCGUUAGCUAGGCCUUCACCCCCUUUAGACCUACAAGAAUUACCUCUAAUAUCAGCACAGGUUCUCCUCAGUAAGAACACCUUGGAAGUGUGUACCUGAGAGUUAGCACAAUGUUGGUUGGUACUAACUUAUUUGAAAACUCACUCUUUGACAAUGCAAAAAAGUCUGGUGUGUGUGUGUAGGAACACAUUGCACGGUAAUGUGCCUGUUUAUUGCGCGGUAAUGAGCCUGUUUAUUGCGCGGUAAUGAGCCUGUUUAUUGCGCGGUAAUGAGCCUGUUUAUUGCGCGGUAAUCAACCUGUUUGUUGCGCGGUAAUGA